CUCUUGGCAUCAGAUACAUGGGUCGCAUGAAGUGCUUAGUGGACAGAUGGUUAAGUUUGGUCAGUUAAAGAGCAUCUUUAAGGUUGAAUACAAGCCAAUGAUCUUAACUACUUCCUGCUUAGAACCAAGCAUGAAGAAAACUGUCAAGUCAAUGACUCGCUGCCUGGGAGGUCAUGUUCUAAGUGAUUGGAGAAAAAUCUGUACCAUGUUAGUGAUGAGCAAUCUUAGUGUCACUAUCAAAGUAAUAUGUGCUCUUGUCUCACUGAAGCCCAUUGUAACACCUCAAUACCUGUUGGAUCUCAAAAAAGCUGUGGAAAAUAACCAACCUUUGCCCAAAAUCAACAAGUACACACCACCAUUGGCAGAGUCCCAACUAGACCCCAAUGAGGUCUCCUUCCAAGCUAAUCCUCUGAGAAGUUCUCUUUUUACUGGAAAAAUAUUCAUCUUCCUCUCAACAAAACAGUUCAAGAAGUUGAGCCUUGCAGUGGAGCUGGCUGGGGGUACCCCUAUGCUAAUGGAAGAGGGGACUGAUGACAAUGAUGAUGGGAUCCUGGUUGCCAAGGAGACAUGUGUCAUGCAGUGUGACAUCAAUGACAUGUCACAACAACUGUCACAGAAUGCUACUGAGUGGGUGACGCAUGUCAUGAAGUACUUGAAGAGUCACAAGAGGAGACCUAUACCAGAUUCAGAGUUGGGAUAUGCUGUGUUAUACUGUUCUACAGAAAGAUACUGCAACCCUGAUAUAAAUGCAGUGCCCCCUGCAGUAGGCGCUAGUGCAAACAACCUUCCUUCCCAGACAUUGUCACAGGCAGCAGAUAUCACAGCUAUACCAGAAAUACAAAAACAGAAGUCAAAACCAACAUUUAAAAAACCAGAACCUGAAAUUUUGGCAACAAACACUGAGUUGGUUUCACCAGUAGGGGUAAGGACAACACACCGCAGAAGUUUGGGUGAUGUCACAACAGUUCCAGACACUGAGCGCUCUUCCUUAAAUGCUUCAACAUUUAAUCAGAAAACCCCAGUUGAGCAGCGAACGAAAAGACAGAUCAAGCGUGAAGAGGAAAGACCUCAUUCAGAGCAAACCAACGUAGCAACUACAAGCAAUGACUCUACAAUGCCACCUAAGCGAAAAAGAGACAAUGUUAUUGGGGAUAAACCAAUAGGAGUUAAUGGUGAAAUUAAUAAUACAAGAAAAGAUACAGCAAUGAAGAUCAGCAUUAAGGAAGAACCAAUUAGUCAGCCUUCAGUUCCUAUGGCAACAGAUGAUGUUGCUAUGCAACAAGAGGAUAUUGGGCAUACUGAGCCAAAACUUGAGUCAUCAACUCCAAAAGUUAGAUCCAAGAAAAGACUACAAGAUGAUGAUGAUGAUGAUGAUGAUGAAGAUGACAUAUGUAGACGUCCUGUGGCUAAAGCUCAGAGAAAGACACACAUUGAAGAUGAUGAUGAUGAUGAUGAUCCAUUCGCUUCCUUAGGAACAAGACCUCGUUCACGGAAAACGAAACCCCAGAUAACUACAGAUAAUCAAAUUACUGAAAAAGACAUUAAGAUAGAAAAUACGGAAAAGGACACUUUUCCCAAGGUUAUUGACAAAAACAAAGAUCGAACGUCUCCUAUUGGUCAAACAUCAACCAAUCAUGUGGCAGCAGAAAAGUCAGACAAAAGGCCAAGGUCGAAAAAGUCAGAUGCUAAAGAUGUGGAGAUUCCUCCUGGUUGGCUGAGCACUGAAGCUAGUUUAGUGAAUGGAGAUUGUGUUCCAACUGAUCCCAGAUUUGAGAAAGAUGCAGAACUUCCCAAUAACCUUGUAGUCACAGAAACCACAUCAUUGGUAAAGAAAAAACAGCAGGAAAAUAACAGACAGCGCCCUAUGACAGAUAUUGAUGGCUUCUGCGAGUGGAAAGGAAAACGAGUCCGAAACUUUAAAAGGUUCAGCAAGACUACACAUGCUGGGGCAGGGGGUGUUCCAAGAAUAAUAGGAGGCAGAGAUCUAGAGUGGCACUCUAACAAACAGAGACAAGAGCUAGAUGAUUGGUUCAAUCAGGAAUUGCAGAUUGAAAGUCAACAAGAUCAGGAUGAAUUGCUGGCCAACAAGCUGUUUGAGAGUGUUGCUGGUCCUACAAAGAAGACCACUGGCAGAGGGAGACGAUGAACGGAAGAAAGGCUGUAACAGGGUGGAACAAGCUAAUAGAGAAAAAAUUUGGAGAAUGGGAGGAUGCAAUAAAGCAAAACUGAUACAUUUUGUGAUAUUGAACCCUAAAGUGUUUUAAAUGGACACAUGUAAAGAAACAUAUGUACAGUGUACAUAGAUUAUUAUUAAUUAGGAGCAUUUCAAUUGAUAGAAACAAUCAUGAGAUUGAUUAGAUAUAAUUUCACAUUACUUGGGAAUGUUUGCAUAUAAUCUAGUAUGUAUGUGUAAUAAUCAUUCACCAGAGAAAUGAACUUUAACAUUGAUUUGAGAAUGAAUAGGUCAAUGCAAAACUGAAGAUUACAUUCAGGAAAAUUUUACGUAAUAUGAAUAUACUAUUGCAC